UUUCUCUGUCUGACUUACUUCCCUUCGUAGGAUCAUCUCUAGGUCCCUCCACGUUGCUACAAACCGGCCAUGUACUCUUGAUAGCUUUUCUCAUUUUAUUCUCAACCUAUGAAGAUGGUAGGAUUAUUCUCAUUUAUUACAGAUAGAGAAACUGCUUUGGAAGGAUUUAUACAUCCGCACCUAAGAGCCUCUCUCCCUAAAUUCUAGAACAUCCCGAAUUGAGAUGGCUCGCUCUCCUCACUCUCCAGGCACCAGGCUGGUCCCCCGACAUCCUACCUGGGCUUGAGUGAAAUAAAGUGGACAGUCACUAACUUCAGCCUUAGCCUCUAUGUGGGUGCUAAUGGGCUUUUAGGGUUUGGGGUUUUUUUUGGGGGGGUGGCUUUUUUUUUAAUUAGCCUUUAUUCAUAAUGAUGUAGUAAGUUAGAUGGUGAGGUGGGCUUGCUAACGUGCCUUUCUAAGGACCUUCACUUAUAGCAGAGAAAGAUUAAGUGCUGGAAAGAAUCUGGCUCAACAGCCAGUCAUAUGCUGCGCUUUAUAGCACAGGCGGCCAACCCGGGGUGGAGGGGAGGGGCGUGUGUGGAAAAAGACAAGGUUAAGCGAUUAAUUUUUAAGCACUAAAUAUUUAUUGACAGACUCUCUCUCCAGGCAAUGUUCACAUGCUUAGAACUGACGCUUUUAACUUGGCAGCGCCGUUUAAGCAAACAAACGCAGUCGGUUGAACGCAAUGAUUAAUAGGAAGUUGGAGAGCUGACACAGGGGCCACUCUUCUGGGCAGGAGAAGAGGCUGGGGUUAAAGUCUCAGAGCAGUGACUUGCAGAAUGGUGGCUUCACCCCUUGGCGAUUUUCCUGAGGGGAACAGCAGACCUGUUGGAGUCAGAAGCUCCCGGAGGCAACGUGUUUUUGUGUAGAAACAGGUGGCAGGUUAGAGGCGGGACGGAGCAAAGCAAAUCCAGAAGAGUGGCUUCAGAAACGUGGUGUCAAAGCAAAGUGGAAAUGCAACUCGGCGGCCAAUGAAGAAGGAAGGAAGACAGAAGGAGGACGGCCACGGUCCCCUGGAAGUCACGGAGCAGCCGAUCAGAAGGGCAUCUGCCAAGACCACGGCCGUGGAUGCUGGAGAAAAUGUAAGUUAAAUAUAUCCACGGGCUGAGCGGAUCUCCAGAGGGUUUGUUUACUCAUUUCCUGGUUUGGAAGGAUGGGCUCUUGGAAGCACGGUCUUUUUUGUGUAUCUCUUGUCACCGUCCUGAUUUGCGUAUUCAUUUACAAUAACAAGUUGUGGCCGAGAAAAAAUGUCUUUCGAGCAUCCUUGGCCAAUGCAUCACUGUUGGCAGAAGCCUGUCAGCAGAUUUUUAAGGGGAAGGUUUUUUACACAACAGAGAAUGCCCUGAAAAUGACCCUCCAUGAAACGACCUGUUACAAGUACAUGGCUCAAAGUCACUACAUCACAGAAACACUCUCGGAAGAAGAGGCCGGCUUCCCUUUGGCGUAUGUGAUGACCAUCCACAAAGACUUUGGCACCUUUGAGAGGCUCUUCAGGGCGGUUUAUAUGCCCCAAAAUGUCUACUGUGUCCACGUGGAUGCGAAAGCCACCACUGAAUUCAAAGAUGCAGUGGAGCACCUCCUGAGCUGCUUCCCGAAUGCCUUCCUGGCUUCCAAGACGGAGCCCGUGGUCUACGGCGGGAUUUCCAGGCUCCAGGCGGACCUCAACUGCAUCAAGGAUCUGGCGGCCUCGGCGGUCCCGUGGAAAUACGCCAUCAACACCUGCGGGCAGGACUUCCCCCUGAAAACCAACAGGGAGAUCGUUCAGUAUCUGAAGGGAUUUAAAGGGAAAAACAUCACCCCGGGGGUGCUGCCCCCCGCUCACGCCAUUGGACGGACGAGAUACGUCCACCGGGAGCACCUGGGCGAAAAAAAUUCCUUCGUGAUUAAAACAACGAAAUUGAAAACCCCACCGCCUCACAACAUGACCAUUUAUUUUGGCACUGCCUACGUGGCCCUCACGAGGAACUUCGCCAACUUUGUGCUCCAAGACCAGCAGGCGAUUGACUUGCUGUCCUGGUCCAGGGACACCUACAGUCCUGACGAACACUUCUGGGUGACACUCAAUAGGAUUCCAGGUAUGGCUGUCUCUCUAUUUUGGUUUUUAUGA